AUGGCUGGGCCAGAAUUUAUAGGCGCUAUCUUUGGGCUCGCCGACGUCUCCUUCCGAACCUUCAUUUCAAUCCAAGAAACGGCGAGUCAAUGGAAGCACGCCCCCAAAAAGGUCGACAACAUCAACGAAGAGGCUUCUUUGCUCAUGAAAACAGUUUCUCAGCUAUCUGAGCUGCUGAACGACAACGAAAGUACAUCUAAUCUCGCAGAAAGCAUAGGUCUCUCGAAAACAGUACAACAGUGCGAAGCCAACUGUGCAACACUGGUGCCAUACGUGUCCAAGUGGGCAACCUCGGUGUCGAGCUUCUUUUUCCGGGCCAGAGUCCAUUACUUGUUUCAUCAAAGCCUUUUCGCAGAAAUCCUUGCGGAUAUUCAAGUUGUUAAACAGAAUCUCAUCCUUUUUAGCUUACUAGCACAAUUAUCGAUGAGUAUGACUGGCGAACCGUCUCAGCCAAACGAGAAGCGGGUCAGAGUCAACCCCAAAUCAGUCAAAAAGGAUAUCAGCAGUAUGGAUAUACCCAACACCACAAAGGAAAAGGCAUGCGCCAAAGUGGAGCAGAUUGCUGCAGGGCAGUCGGGAGGGAAAUUGAAACAAAGCUGGGAUAACGUCUCUUAUGGACAGUACGGCUCUGUUGGUAUAGGCGGUAAGUUACCUCAGCAGAUUAGCGAUGUUGAACAGGACUGGAAGACCGUGAAGCCAGGAGAAGACGGGAAGGCAGACACACUCAGCUCAGUCCCGGUGGCUUGCAAUAGCUGGCCGUAUCCAUGCACCUACGGUAACUUCUCUAACUUCCACCAUCCAGCACAAAGAUGUGCGAGCCGCCGUCUUACGCGUGUUCAGUCGGUUUGCAGUAUGCUCACAUGUCUUUAUGAGAUCGUUGUCGAUGAAGUCGCUGCUCCGGCUCCAAAGCGACGGCGAUUGAAAACCUCUCAUGCGGAGAGCGUCACACUCGAGAGCGCUCACAAUGCAUCGCAAACACCACUACCGCCGGCCUACAUGACCGCAAAAUAUUUAGGGGAAGAUACUUUAGUGUGCUAUUGCAUGCUGCUAUUGCGGCUGGGUGCCGACGACGAACUCGUAUUACAACUUUCACUCUUCUCCGCUCCCAUCGCUCCCCCGACGGAACGGAGGACACUCAAGCGUGCCUUUCAGUACGUAGGGGCUACUACAUAUGGUCCGAAACGCCGCUCCGGUGAUGUGGGCGAUUUCCUGAGCCAAGCCGGUUGCUACUUGAAUGACCCUGUUGGCUGUGACCGCAACGUCCCCUACAUGAAUCCUCAACGUCUAUUCACUCUUCACGAACGACCACCAAUGACUUUAAAUUUGUUUUGGUCGCACCAAGCACAAAUCGACAGCUUUUCACGAGCUUCCUUAGAUGUUUUGUCUCGAUUUGAAACCACUGAUGAGUUCGAGACAUCGGCUUGCCUGAUAGCUCUAAAGACCGAGUUGAAAGAGCAUCAGAAACAAGCCCUUACCUUCUUCCUGCGAAGUGAACGAGGUAUGCAUCCAGAUAAAGAAUGGGAUAUGGCUGCGGAAGACAAGCGCGAGACAGCUGACUUUUGUGAACGCUGUGACUGGUGA